AGCGAUCCCGUUCGAGGAAUCAGUCUCAUUUAUCCGACUGACGGAGCGAUCGAGAUGUCCCCUGUGGUGUUUCGAGUGCAAAUCCACGUGCAGCCUGGCGGGGAAAAGCUUUUCAGCGCCCAGUACGCGAACGCCAGUUUCUGCGUUGAAGUGAAUGCUGUCACGAUUUUCUGCUCCAAAGUGGGCGAGCCCGGCCUCGAAUACCACUACGUCGGCAAGUGCACAGCACGCGUGUACCUCAAACGACCUGGAGGUGACGAGGGCGAAGUGAAAAGUGUGUCCGACCCAAUCUCCUUCAUGCUGGUCGACGAAACGGAAUUGAUUGCGCGUGUUAGCAGAGAAAUCGACCAGGAUCACAAAAAGCAUCGAGCGGGGUAUCGGCUGUCGCUUGUGGAUUGGGCCCAUUCCCAGCAUAGACGACCGGACCGCGACAUUCUACAAAGAAUUGAGCAGGAUCGCCGUGGAAUGGGAGACCGCACAACAACGGCGAAUGAGACGGCAGAGCUCUUUCUGGUUGUUGGUGUAAAAACGGCGGUUAUUUCUCGCUUCCCGCUUCGACAGGCUAUCCGAGAGACGUGGGCGAGCCAAUCUUCGCUGCCUCAGGGAGUGAAGGUGAUUUUCCUGGGCUGUCGGCCGCAUGCUGUCGCCAGUCCGUCGCUGGAAGAAGCGAAACUAUGUCGGAUCUGGGAAUCAAUCGAGCUCGAGAAGCAAGUCUACGCUGAUCUGUUAACCGACGAGUUGGAUUGCGACGAUGCGUACGUCCGCUUGGCAGACAAAUCAAAAGAGUUUCUUCACCUAGUGGCGACGCGAUACUCGAACGCGCAGUACGCCAUGGUGGCUGACGAUGACAUCUACCUUGAAUUGCUGAAAGAACUGGGCCCUCAAGAGCGA